GACCUAGCUAAGCUAUCUACCUACUUUUUAUAGGUAACGAUUGUUCAAAUCAGUACCUAUAAUAGAGGCUUAUACAGUAUUUGGCUUACAUAUUUGAAUAUUUUUUUUACGGCGUUGUGUUAUAAUGAGAUUACUGAAUAUUAGUCUUCUUGUAUUUUACAUAGUAAUAGAUUUUGUUUACAUGCACAACUCCACGUUCCAAGAUGUUGGCCAUUUAAGUUAUGACGAUGACGGAUACGGAACUAGAUGGAUAUAUUUUCCAGACGGCGACGGUUACCCUCACUACGUCAAUCUAACCAUUGUCGAAGAAGAACCUCUCACCCAUAGACUGACAACUAAUGCUGAUAUUUUAUUUAGAUUAUAUAUUAAAGGGAACGACACGAAGAGUUAUAUCUUAUUGGAUGGUGAUGGACGAGCGAUUAACAAAAGUGAUCGUAGUAUGACAGAAGAGAUGAUGUCUUCAAAGCAGCCUUUAAAAUUGUUAACACAUGGAUGGCUAUCAUCUGUGGAUAAUCCAGGGGUACCGGAUCUAAAGGAUGCCUAUUUAGAAACUCGAAAUGUUGUUGUUAUAACUGUCGACUGGAGCGCUACAGCAAGUAAUAUAUUUUAUCCUUGGGUAGCAAAUGAAACUAAGUAUAUUGGGGCUAGAAUAGCUUCAUUUUUAGAUGGUUUAAACAAGUGGUACAAUGUGACUGGGGAACAAGUACACUUAAUUGGCCAUAGCCUUGGAGCACACGUCAUGGGUAUUGCAGCAGCUCAAACUAAAAUGCGCGUGAACAGAAUUACAGGACUCGAUCCAGCCAGACCCUUUUUCGAGUUCCCAUCCCAUCUUAACGAUUCACAGAAACUAGACCCAUCUGAUGCGGAUUUUGUUGAUAUUAUACACACAUGUGCAGGUCUGUUAGGUUUCCUAUCACCAAUUGGGACGGCAGAUUUUUAUCCAAAUAAUGGAGUCGCACCACAGCCAGGAUGUGAAGAUAUUGUUAAGUUCUUUGAUGGUUGUAGUCAUGGCCGAUCAUUCUACUAUUUCAUGGAUUCAAUCAAAUAUCCCAAAUCUUUUCCGACAUAUCGAUGUGAAAGUUGGAAUGAUUUUUUGAAUAAGCAAUGUGAUCAGCAUGGAUAUAUGGGUGAAGGAGUGAACAGAACUAUGAAAGGGAAAUAUUUUUUAAUAACUAAUUCAUUUCAACCAUUUGGCAAAGGUGUAUAG